GCGGGGCGCUCCUACCUGCGUCUCGUCUUCUCUUCGGUGUUACUUGGGCUCCUCCACCCCGGCCUCCCCCCUUGCGCGACUUCUCAGCACUGCCACCCAGAGACUCUUGGGGUUCCCUCCCCUCCCAGAGUUGAACUAUGAUGGAAGAAAGCGGGAUAGAGACGACGCCCCCGGGGACACCGCCACUCAACCCUGUGGGAGCCGCCACCACCACCCUGUCUUCGUCCCCAGCUCCUCUCGCCACAACCAGUUCAUUUUCUUCUCCAAGUGCAUCGUCCAUGCAGUCUUUGUCUCCACCCGCGUUCUCCACCCCACAGCAGACUCUUCCUCCUACAGGACCUUCCGCUCCGCUGCCUUUUGUGCCUCCUUCCCCGGUUCCCUCUGGCCCUCCUCUCGCUCCUUCCGUGUCACUUCCUGCUGCUCUCCCAGCUCCUGCCUCUGCAGCUAUCAGCAAUCCUUCUGCGCCCCAGUUCCCCCCGUCCACAUCUGCCCCCAGCACUCUUUUAUCCGCUCCCCCAUCGGGGCCUCCAACAUCAGGAUUUUCUGUUGGUUCAACUUACGACAUAACAAGGGGACAUGCAGGAAGAGCUCCCCAGACACCCCUGAUGCCAUCGUUUUCCGCCCCUCCGGUCACAGGUGUUUUGCCAACUCCUAUUACUCAGCAAGCCAGUUUGACGUCUCUGGCCCAGGGAACUGGUGCUCCAUCAGCCAUCACCUUUCCAGAGGAGCAGGAAGAUCCAAGAAUUAUUCAUGUGCAGGAUGAAGCAUCUGCGGGUGGAAUCUGGGGAUUUAUUAAGGGUGUAGCUGGGAAUCCUAUGGUAAAAUCUGUGCUUGAUAAAACAAAACACUCAGUAGAAACCAUGAUUACAACGUUGGACCCUGGCAUGGCUCCAUAUAUCAAAUCGGGAGGUGAACUGGAUAUCGUAGUGACCUCAAACAAAGAUGUAAAAGUUGCUGCCGUUCGGGAUGCCUUCCAGGAGGUCUUUGGCCUCGCAGUGGUUGUAGGGGAAGCUGGACAAUCCAGUAUUGCCCCACAGCCAGUGGGCUAUGCAGCUGGCUUAAAAGGCGCCCAGGAGCGGAUAGAUAGCUUGCGUCGCAGUGGAGUGAUCCAUGAAAAACAGACUGCUGUCUCAGUAGAAAACUUCAUUGCAGAAUUGCUGCCAGACAAGUGGUUUGACAUUGGUUGUGUGAUAGUUGAAGAUCCUGUCCAUGGCAUUCAUCUAGAAACAUUUACACAGGCCACACCAAUACCUUUGGAAUUUGUACAGCAGGCUCAAAGUCUGACUCCCCAGGACUACAAUCUGAGAUGGUCAGGCCUUCUGGUGACAGUGGGCGAAGUCCUGGAAAAAAGUUUGGUGAACAUCAGCCGGACUGACUGGCACAUGGCUUUCACUGGCAUGUCUCGCCGACAGAUGAUCUACAGCGCGGCCAAGGCCAUCGCUGGCAUGUACAAGCAGCGCCUGCCGCCCCGGCCCAUGUGAGAAAGCGCCAAGGCACAGCCAGACUCCUCACUCGGGGCUCCAGGGGGAAGAGAGAUUGGCCCUUCCCGUGGCCCGAGUGUCGGUGCAUCUCACCGUUUUCAUAGUUUCCCUGUAGGCGCUGCUUUUUCUCUUUAUAGAAGGGCCUGGUGUCAUUCCAGUAGAUGGAAAGAGAUAGGUCCUUUUUACAAUUUUACAUACCAGUUCUCAAAGAAAAUAUAUAAAUAUUUUUAUAAGACAAUUUGAUACACCAAAUUUAUAAGAUACAACUUUGUGUGCUAUGUGACCUUUAACUUAAUGAUAAAUACUUGAUUAUUUUGGUGUAAGACUUAACAUGUUUAUUGACUAUUCCUUAAAAGCUUUGUUUCUUUUCAUUCAUGUUUAAUCUCUGAAGGGGUAUGUGUGUGCACUGAUCUCAGGCUUGAUGCUGAACUUUAUGUUCAACAAGUGGCCACAAGAAGCCUGUGUUUCAGUGCAGAUUUGAACAUGGGCCAGAAUAACAAAACUCAUCAUCUGUGGCCAUAUAGAUGCACAAGAGACUUUUGCUGCUUCACAGAUUUACGCUAUGCACAGUGUAGUCUUGCGUUUUUUUCUUUCGUUGCUAUAUGAUACCUAAGUGGAACGUGAUUCAAAUGUAUUUUAACCAGAAGAAUGUUAUUUUCAUGUAAUACUAUUCUGUACGUCCAUCAUUUCUGCUUAUACUCAUUCUUCCAAUUCAGAGACCAUUUAUGUAUCUCUUAUUUUAAAUAAGAUUAUUCGUAGUUUCCCAUAAGCGCUGCUUUUCUAAACUUAAGCCAUUCUGCGUUUCCUUUUUAUGAAAGUUUUCAGAGAAACUAUAUUCAAUUUGGUUUAUUUAGUCCAUUAUAUCUAAUGAAAGCUUCUCCCCCACCCAUAAUAUAUUUUACCAUUUGGGGAUUGAUAAAAUCAGAAUUAGUUUGUCCAUUGAACUCUAUAUAUACGUUCAUAUGACUUUUUGAAGAAUUUCUUAUGUAUAUGUAACUUAAUUUUUACUUACUACUCCAUACAAUUCUUUGGAUGUAAAAGAAUCUGCACAAUCUGAGUUUUAUAAAAGGUGUUGAGGCACUUGUCCUGCACUCAUCAGUACAUGUAUGGUUUGCUGUUUAUUGUUCUUGAUUCAAGCACUUGAUUUCUGCUAUUUCUUUGCUUACAGAUGAGAAAAAAUAAGUCAGUCUCAUCAUACUAUGGUAUAUGUUAAUUUCUAAGUAAUGUGGAAAAUGGCUCAGUGAGAGAAGUCAGCAGUUACUAUGACCUAAUGGGGACAGGAACUUUCCUACCUGCGUGGUGUUUAUGGAGCUCUACCUCUGUGCUUUUUCCAACUUUUAUGGCUAAGAAAAGCCUCUAUCUACCCUUUCUUUUUUUGGGGGGGGAGGGGCGCGGGUUACACCCAGCGUUGCACAGUGCUUACUCCUGGCUUUACACUCAGGAAUUACUCCUGGUGGUGCACAGGAGACCAUAUGGAGUGCUGGGAAUCGAACCCAGGUUGGCCGCAGGCAAGGCAAACGCCCUACCUGCUGUGCUAUCACUCCAGCCCCCUAUUUACCCCUUUUUAAGGGUACUUUAUCAUGGCAUUCUCCUGACAAGACACUAGAGCAGUCUGCCCCAACUUAAGAGUUUCUGAUAGUUUCCCUCAUUUAAAGGGAAUGUUGCAGCUCCUAAAAAUUCCACAUUUCAACCUUUCUUCUUACAAAGCCUCAAAUGCCUUAUUUGAAGGUUGUUACCAUAUUUGAGAGCUGUUUUCAUAGAACCACAAACAAUGGCACCCCACCAGGUUGCAGUUUCCUAGAAUCCCUAAAUAGCAAUGGUAGAGUUCUCUGGCUUGGUUGGAGCCAGCUCAUUCUCUGCACCUGGUCAUUUGGUAAGCCUUCUGCUCUUUGGAACAGUGUGAGUGGGUGAGGACUAGGAAAGCACAGAUGGAAAAGAUAAGUACAUGAUCUGGUUCUGCUCUCUGAAUCUUUUUUUGGCCCACAGUUAUCUUUGAAAGGCAUCAGAGCAUGACUGAUUGCACAUGCUCAGUUUUCCCGGCCUCUACUUUUGUCAUGCUUUGACUUCACCAUUGUCCAUGGGUGAGAAAAGUUACUUCUACAUAGUAACACUACAGCAGCUCUAGUCACCUUUUGUGUGUGUGUUGGCUUUUGACUUGAUACGAAUCAGCAGCACAAUGUCUUCCGUUCCUUUCCGAGUCUUCCAGGGUUGCCUAGUUCUGGCUUCUUCCCGUUCCUUUCCUCCCUUCUAACUCCCACACUAGCAUUUUAAAGGAUGAGUCACACUGGAAGCUAUUUGCUUUUUUCCUUCUUCAACCAUCUUAGGAAAAGCCCAUCUUUAACACAGUUGUUUUGGUUGGGUUUGUGAUUUCUGAAAAAUGUACCAGUAACUACAUAUUUAAUUAGUUUUUAAUGUUAUACACCUUUUGUAUUAAGAACAGGACAGUUAGGAACAUUUCUAUCAGCCUCUGUUGACAGAAGGUGCUCAGGCUUCCAUUCAAGCAAGGUCACCCUGGCAUUGUCAUGUGGAGUUGGCAAGUGACUGGUUAUAUGAGUUUCUUACCGUUAUUCCCCAUUCUUUGUUCUUUCUUUCAGGUUAUUCAUUAGCUGGAAAAUUGAGGGGAAUGAAUAUAAAUGAAGUGGAGUUAGGGUAGUAUAAUUAAAUGAGUACUGGCAAAAGCUUAUGAUGUAUAUCUGUUCAGAAAUAUGCAAAUGAGAAAUAUACUCAGGGUCAACUAAAUUACUUUAAUAUGUGUACUUACUUUUUUUUCUUAUCUAAAAAAAAUUCUGCACAGGAAUUUGUGUUGUCUGAAACCAAAUUGAUACAUAUACUGUGUUUUAAAAGAUGUUGGGUUUAUGGACAAAUUACUAAGAAACUCGGUUUUUUUUACUUCCAGAAUAGUGUUCAUUUUUAAGGUACUAUGCAGGAUAUGAUGUGUUAAAAACAAUUCUGUAAGUAUGUAAAUAAGUCACAAAUAAAUAAUACCUCAACACAAGA